GCGCGCACGUAUCCAAUACAAUCCAGAAGACCGAAACAAUCCAAAGAACGUAAUUUUUCGUGUAGGUGCGUAUGUCCGCGUGUGUUUCAAUAUUCGUUGUGUGAAUGUGAGCGCCAAACUCGUAGCAAAGAUGAACACGAUAAAAGAAGGCAGCUACGUUGUAGUGAGAGGACAGAACAACACACGAUUGGUCCAGGUGGACGGCAAGAAGCCAGUAUUCUUCGGCAAGAGGAAGUUCAGCAUCCAAACGGCGAUUGGGGAAGCUUUCGGUUCUAUCUUUGAGAUCGAUAAUCGCGAUCUCCGUAAGGUAUCGGCUGAGGAGUACAGAAAAAGGUGCUCGGAGUGUGAAGUUCCUGGAGACGAUGCACAGACUAGUGGGCAAGACAAUAGGAAUCUUGUCGAUGACGGCAAAUCACAGAAGCUUACAAGAGAAGACAUCGAAACAUUCAAAGCGGACGGCACGUCGGGUGAAAGCAUCAUCAAGAACCUGGUGGAGAACAGCACGACAUUUAAGGAGAAGACAGAGUACGCCCAGCGCAAGUACCUCAAGAAGAAGCAGGACAAGUACCUGCAGCACGUGACGCUCGAGCAGCCCACGGCACGACUCCUGGUUGAGAUGUACUACUCACAGAACCCUACAAAGAUUGGGAACAUGCGCAUCGACUCCCUGGCUCAAAUGCUGACCUGUUGCAACGUUCGUUCGGGUGGCCGCUACAUAGUAUUUGAUGCCUAUCUGGGUCUCCUGACCGCUGCCGUGCUGGAGAGGCUCGGGCAGGAUGGCACCGUGGUGCAAGUCUAUGCCGGACAAGGACCAGACAGCUCAUACAGACAGGCCGUCUAUGCACUGAACUUGGGAGAGGAGUUUCUUCGAUCCAUUGUGCUCGAAUUGCCUUACGUGAAGGCAAAAUCACUGCUCAUCGACCAAAGCAGUGAAACGCCAGAAAAAAAGCCGGAAGACGACAAUGCGUGUGCUGAGAUGGAGGACUUGUCGGACAAGAAUUCUCUCUCGAACAGUGAUGGGACGAUCGACAACUCCCAACCGAGCAACGAGUCGGCAUCGGCAAUGAAUUCGAAGGACGCAGAGCGUGCGGUGAGGAAACAGCGAAGGUUGCUGGAACAGCAAAAGGCGAUGGAUUUGCUCAAAACGAAGUCUUUAGACGGGCUCCUUAUCACUAGCAAACACCAUCCGACGGGCAUCGUCCUGUCGCUCCUAGAAUUCGUCGCACCUUCCAGACCAUUCGCUGUCUUCUGUAGCUUUCGGGAGCCCUUGGUCGACUGCUACACUCAGCUGAAGAGUGCCGGCAGUGCCGUCUUUCUCAGGUUGACCGAGAGUUGGCUACGAAGCCACCAGGUGUUGCCCAACCGGACACACCCUUCCAUCAACAUGAGCGGCGGAGGAGGCUAUGUGCUCACGGGCAUCAAGGUUGCCGACGAUGCGUGAACGUGAGCGAGCGAUCCUCUCACACCCAGUGGUACAUUUCGUCAAGCAACAAGCGUCUUCACUAGUGUCCGUCGACUUUCUGCAGAAACUUGAUGCAUGGGAACGUUUCCGGAUGCAGGCAUCCAAUCAUGGAUCUGUGUACAUACCAUGUCUCUUGAAGCUCCCACGGUAAAGUGGUUUGUUGGGGCUAUGUUUGAAAUGAACUGCGAAAGAGAACAUCUUUGCAAAAACAUCGAAAGUUUUUUAUUGGUCUGUACAUAAAGUCUCCCUUUUCUACAGACUGGAUGUAUACUUACACAUUGAUAUGCUAUACAAGAAACACGGAUUUAAUAAAGCAAAAUGGGAUGUAAC